AUGACGGGAAAAGUAAUUGUGUUUGGUGCCCAUGGAAAAGUUGGUCAGAACUUGAUCAAAUUGUUGGGAAAGCCACUGUCAAAGUAUGCUACUACCGCAAUUGUAAGAAACAACGAACAGGCUCAGACCGUGAAAAGUCUUAGUAAUGGACCUGAAAUUUCUACACAGCAAUUGACCCUUGACAAUACUACGGUCAAGGAAUUGGCUGGAAUUAUAAAAGGACAUAGUGCUGUGGUGUUGACGGUUGGAUCUGCUGGAAAAAACUUGCUUCAGGUUGAUCUUGAUGGAGUAGUCAAGACAUUCGAGGCGCUGGUUCAAGCUCAAGUGAGAAGACUUGUGCUUAUUAGUGCAAUUCAUGUUGAGGACAGAGACAAAGUCGACAGUAGUCCAAUUCGCAACUACUGUAUUGCCAAGCAUUAUGCUGACAGAAUUUUGCAAUUAGAGUUUUCUGACAAGUUGGAUUUCACAAUCUUGAAACCAGGCUUAUUGGCUGAUGAUCCAGCAACUGGAAAAGUCAAGAUUGUCACCAACAAAGACGACUCGGGCUCAGUUACUCGUGCUGACGUUGCUCAGGCCAUAGUUACAGUGCUUGAAGACAGCAAAACUUAUGGCAAGUCCUACAAUUUCGUCAAUGGAGACACACCAAUUGAGUCUGCCUUCGACUAG